AUGGGCUCCCAAGGCUCAGACGCUCGACAGAUUGACGGUGUUGGAGGAGCGACUUCGACGACUUCCAAGGUUGCCGUGGUUUCGCCAUCGGCACGAAUGGGCGUCGAUGUUGAUUAUACUUUUGUGCAAGUAGCAGUGGGCCAAGAGACGGUCGAUUUCAGUGGAAACUGUGGAAAUAUGUGCGCUGGCGUUGGACCAUUUGCACUUCAGGAAGGAUUAGUGCGUGCAAGACCUGGGGAGAAGACUCUGGAUGUCCGGAUAUUCAACACCAACACAUCGCGGCUCAUCGUCGAUACUGUGCAAGUAGAUGAGGACGGCUCGUUUAGUGAAGACGGAGACUACGCAAUAUCGGGUGUCAAGGGGACCGGAAGCGAAAUAAAAGUUGCUUUUGUCGACCCUGCUGGGAGCAUGGCGGGGGCUCUCUUUCCUACUGGGAGACGACGCGAUACUAUCCAUGUAAAGGAGCAAGACGGCAAUCGCUUCUCAGUCAAGGCCACCUUGAUAGACGCGGCGAAUCCUUUUGUCCUUGUCGACGAAAGGACGUUACCACCAUACCUAAAGACAGCCAGCAAAGAUACUGCUGGCUACCUCAGGCACAUGGAGUCGAUAAGAUGUGCCGGCGCCGUCAUGAUGGGUCUCGCUCCUGAUAUAGACGCCGCCGCAAAGGUCCGCGGAACACCGAAGCUCGCCAUCGUGUCUUCUCCUCGGUCAGAUCAUCACUCAAGGAGACAUGGGCCAGAUAUCCACGUGCAGGCUUUCAGCAUGGGCAAACCUCAUCCAAGCUUGCAACUCACAGGCGCGGCGUGCCUAGCGUCGGCAGUGUGCAUUGAGGGCACUGUCGCACAUGGUGUUGCAGGCGAGGGCAAGGGACAGUCGUCGUGGCGAACACAUUCACCUGAACGGGCAGCGAGUCCCUGCUCAGACUCUGAUGAAAGCUCUUCGGGUUUACUACCGAGCCCGAGGACUGUGCGGCUCUCGCAUUCUAGCGGGUCGAUUGCGGUUGAUGUUUUGGCUACGAGCUCGGAAUCAUCCGCUUUCGUUGAUCGAUGUAUUGUUUCACGGACUGCUCGGCGGCUGUUUGAGGGCAAAGUGUAUUAUUACUCGUAG